AUGGCUCCUCCCUACAACGUCGCAGUCUUGCUGUACCCCAGCGCCGACAUCGUCGACUUUUCCGGGCCUCUGGAAAUCUACUCCUGUCGAGCCGCUGAUUUCAAAACCCAGAUAUUCAAAACCACGACAUUCGCCUGCCAAAACUCUGUUAGAGUGGGAGACAAUGCCAUGACCUUGGUGCCGGACGCUUCGCUCGAAGAGAUCCGGGCCAACCUCAAGAAUUACGAUCUCUUGGUCGUACCCGGCGCUGCCCCGGAUCCGAUCCUCGAGCUGGUCAAGACAGAGGACGGAAAAGCCAUUUUCAGUCUGAUUCAGGAGUUCGCUUCCCUCCCACCUCGACAGGAAGCCGGCCAGAGAGUUAUCCAGUCGGUGUGUACGGGCGCACUCUUGCUCGCCGGGGCUGGAAUCCUGGCUGGACGCACCGUAACGACGCACCACAUGUUUUACGAUCUGUGCAAACAGAUGGCGGAUGAAGCUGCAGGGGAAGAUUCCAAAACCACGGUGAUUGCAAAGAGAUGGGUGGACGCGGGAGUUACGGAUGCUGGUGUGAGGAUUGUCAAUGCGGGUGGAGUCACUUCGGGAAUCGACACGAGCUUGUUCGUGGUUGAGUCUUUGGCUGGCAAGGAGCACGCAGACUGGGUGGCGGAGAUUGUCGAGUUUGAGAAGGGGGGUCAGGAUGAUGCAUGGGGUUCGAAAGAGUAA